AUGGCCUUCAAGAUUGUGGCAUCAGGCUACUGGGACCAGAGGCAGCAGAAAGGGAGAGACGUGGUUGUUGCAGUGUUCCGGGUGCUGCCGCAGCUGCUGUGGGAGCUGACCUUCCGCUUUGCGGGGCCCGACGUGCUGUGCCGCGCCGUCAAGUACCUGCAGGCGCUCAGCAUGUUCGCCUCCACCUACGUGCUGCUGGCGCUCACGCUGGACCGCUACGAGGCCGUGUGCCACCCACUGCGGGCGCUGCGCCAGCCCGCCCGACGGCCGCACCUGGCUGCGGCUGCUGCUUGGGCACUCAGCGCCCUGCUCAGCACCCCGCAGCUCUUUGUCUUCUCGCUGAGGGAGGUGCGGCCUGGCUCGGGUGUGCGGGACUGCUGGGCCCAUUUUGCCCCAGCUUGGGGUGCCCGUGCCUAUGUGACCUGGACGGCGCUGGCCAUUUUCGUGCUGCCUGCCGCUGCCCUGGCCGCCUGCUACAGCCUCAUCUGCCGUCGGGUGGGCCGCAGCCUGCGGGCAGGGGGUGCGGCACGGGUGAGCAGUGGGCAUCGCCUGUCCCGUGCCAAGGUGCGAACCGUGCACAUGACCCUGGUCAUCGUACUGGCCUACGUGGCCUGCUGGGCACCCUUCUUCAGCGUGCAGCUUUGGGCCGUCUGGGAUCCUGGCGCUCCCGGCGAGGACUCCAGCGACGCGGCGUUCACCAUCACCAUGCUGCUGGCCAGCCUCAGCAGCUGCUGCAACCCCUGGAUUUACAUGUUCUUCAGUGGGCACCUGCUGCAUGACGCCCUGCGCUCCCUCUCCUGCUGCACGCGCCUCCGCCCAGGGCUUAAGAGGCAGGUCUCCAAUGGGAGCCUCUGCAGCCGGAAGACCACCAUCCUCACUCACGGCCACCCCAGCACCACUCCCGGGAUCCCACUGCAGCAGGGGCCCUCGAGAGACUUCUACCAGCCCUACGAGGACGCGGUGACUGAGUCCGGUGUGCUCUAG